ACAGACGUCGUUCUGUUGAACAUUUUAUGAAGUAACUUAAAGAACUUCAUGAAGUGGUUAAAAUGUCCAAAUACUUCUUAAGGCUGCUGUAUAAAAAGCUUUAGAAAUAGUUGUGUAUUUGUUCCCCUUUGGUCUGUUCAGCAGGCCAAAGUCUGAAAUGUCAGUUUUUAAGUCAUCUCUGAAAAUGCUGUGUAGUAGUUCAGUCUGCCACUAGAGGGAGACAUUCAGCCUUGUUUCCAUUUUAAAGAGGGGGCUCUAGUUCAUCUGUAAACUCGGGGAUGGGUUUUAGGCAAAUCACAGUGUAAUGGUACAGUUGUACAAGCCGUGGUUGCAUUUUGUUUCUGUCGUAUUAUUAAAUGUUUUACAGAACUGUUGCAUUACGUUGUGUCAUUAUGCUAUGGGCCCUCUCAAUCUUUAUUCAGUUUUAAUGCGCAGAAGCUGUUGACUUCAUGAACUGGACGACUUCAUGAACUGGAUUUGGUGUUCCACUUGGUAAAGCUGACACAGUGAGGCGCUACCAUGGCGGAUGGUGUGGACCUCAGCCGAAAGUUUGUUUCUGAGUCAGAGUUAGAGGAAAAGAGGAAAAGACGGCAGGAGGAAUGGGAGAAAGUCCGGAAGCCAGAUGAUCCUGAAGAGGUCCCAGAGGAGGAGUAUGAUCCUCGAUCCCUGUAUGAGAGGCUGCAGGAACAGAAGGAGAAGAAGCAGGAAGAAUAUGAGGAACAGUUCAAAUUUAAGAACAUGGUAAAAGGUCUGGAUGAGGACGAUACUAACUUUCUGGACGAAGUGUCACGGCAACAGUCUCUUGUUGAGAAACAGAGGAGAGAUGAAGAGCUACAAGAGAUCCAGGAAUAUAGGAGCGCUCUGAAGAAGCUGGCUGCUGGCGAGAGUCAGAAGAAGGAGUCGGAGAAAAGAGCAGGACCCAAACCCCCAGAGCACAAAACCAGCCACCUGUCGCAGGCACACCUACUAGCUGGGGCAGUCAAACGGCGCAGUUCCUCUCAGUCCUCAGAGAGCAGUAAGAAGCAGAAGGUGGAGGAGACGGCGCCGGCAGCAGCAGGCAACGGCAGUCAGACAGAACAGGAAACAGGUGAGCAGAAGCCAGUACCCAGGGCAGGAGUGGCUCGGACGGGCGUCCUGCAUCUGCCCUCCGCAGCGGUGUGCGUGGGCAUCCUGCCAGGGCUUGGGGCUUACUCGGGCAGCAGCGACUCAGAGUCCAGCAGCGAUAGCGAAGGUAGCGUGGACGGGACCACCUCUCCCAUUAAGCGCCACAGGCUCUUCAGAUAGACACACAAACCACACAAUCACCCACUCUCACUUCUCCCUCAUUACCUCUCUGAUCUCAAGGCUUAGACUCCCCUUUGCCUUUUCAGCUGUGUGAAUCACUAUUAUUGCUCGCUGUCUUAUGACACUAUAGACUACGUAAUUUGGGCUGUUUCAGUUUUGGCUGUGUAUGUUUUUGUUUUAAUAAGUCUGUUUCUAUAUCUGCCUUAAUGCUAAUUAAAGGCUUCUUGAAUGAUAA